UGUAUGGAAUAAUAAGGAAGAAGGGGUGGCAUUGUCAAUUUGUGGAAGACGAGGGCGCAUUGCAUACCAUAUCCUCAACUGUGCCUGAUUUUAAGUGGGUGUGCGCGGGAUGAAUGUCAGAGAGAGAGAGAGAGAGAGGGAGAGGAGAGAGAGUUCACGGGUUUGUCUUGAAAGGCCCUUAUUUCACAGUCCUAGACAGACGGACACAUAUUCUCUCUCACUACACAACCGAGGACCCAAACAAAAAAUUAUAACAAUAUCAUAUUACAUAUCAGUUCAUCCCCCAAAAAAAAACAUACUUAUAAAAAUUCAAAAAAAAAAGAGAGAAAAAAAAAAAACAACCGCACAGUUCACAGUAGCACGCACCCCCUUCUCUCUCCAACAUUUUUAUCCAACCCAAGACCCAAAGUUUCACACUCAACCUUCUCCUUAUUCUUACCCAUCAAAGCCAAAAAAAAAAACCAAAAGCCCCCACUGUCUUGUUUCCUUCUCUUCUUCCAGACCCAUCUUUCUUUUCUCUUUUGUUUUCUCUUCUUUUUCUUUUUUCCCCUUUCUUUCUCUCUUCAGAUUAUAGCAGGUGCUAUUGAUCUUCUUCAAUGGCGUUUAUGCUAGACAAUUGCGAAGGCAUUUUGCUUUCACUUGAUUCCCACAAAUCUGUCCCAGCUCCUUUCCUUACCAAAACCUACCAAUUAGUUGAUGAUCCUGCCACCGACCAUAUAGUUUCUUGGGGUGAAGAUGAUGCUACUUUUGUUGUUUGGAGGCCACCCGAGUUCGCUAGAGAUCUUCUUCCUAACUAUUUUAAGCAUAACAACUUCUCUAGCUUUGUUAGGCAACUCAAUACCUAUGGUUUUAGAAAGAUUGUACCAGACAGAUGGGAGUUUGCAAAUGAGUUUUUCAAGAAAGGAGAGAAGCAUUUACUAUGUGAAAUCCAUCGAAGAAAAACAGCACAGCCUCAAGUAGCUAUUAAUCACCACCAUCAUCACCCACAUUCGCCACUCGGUGUUAAUGGGCCAAGUUUCUUUCCAUUUUCAAGCCGAGUUAGCAUCUCCCCAUCUGAAUCAGAUGAGCAACCCAACAACAAUAACAACUGGUGUGACUCUCCACCUCUCACUUCACCAAGAGGAGGAGUUCCUAAUGCUUCAGUUAUUAAUGGUGGUGGUGGAUAUAAUAGCUCAGUCACUGCCUUGUCAGAGGAUAAUGAAAGACUGAGGAGAAGUAACAAUAUGCUUAUGUCUGAACUUGCACAUAUGAGAAAGCUUUACAAUGAUAUUAUCUACUUUGUUCAGAAUCAUGUCAAGCCUGUCACUCCUAGCAAUUCAUACCCCUCUUCUUUACUUCUUUGUGCACCAACAUCUACUGCUACUCCUUUUACUUCCAAUGGUUCUUUGAUACAAAAACCAUUAAACCAACUUCUUGGAUAUUAUAAUCCUCCUAGUACUAACUCUAAGCUAGUUCCUCAAGUUCAAGUUUUAAACUCUCCCACCAGCACUUCACAAAGCUCUUUAACAUUUCUUGAUGAGGGCUGCAAGAAUACAAAGUUGUUUGGUGUGCCUUUACAAUCCAAGAAAAGAUUGCACUCUGAGUAUAAUGCUUCUCACACAGGAAAUAUGGAGACUAGUAAGGCUCGUUUGAUGUUGGAAAAGGAUGAUUUAGGGUUGAAUCUCAUGCCCCCUUCAACAUGUUAGUUUCCUCAAAUCCAUUCAAAGAUCUGAGGUUUCUUUUUGCUUCUUUCUUUUCAUUUUCUUGAUUUAAAAUUUUCCUGUUCCGUUUGUUAUGGACGUUCUUUGAGUCUGAGAUAUGAUAGUGUUGAUCAUAUAUGUGUGUGCGUGCGUGUGGGUGUUUGCGACUUAUUUGUAUAUAAUUUUAGUGCCCGGGUAUUUUCUUGUUUACCCACAGCCAUGAGUGCAGGUGGGUUUUGGUUAGAGUGAUUAUCAAAAAGCAAGUUUUAGUAAAAAGAAAGAACCGCCAACACCGUCUUUCUUA